UCCAUUUUUUGAGUAGUUGGCUUCUGGCCUUUGAGUGGUGUAUAGUUUUUGGGAAGUCAUGGAAGCAAGCAGAGGUUACAUGAGAGCUCGGUUUCUACUUCUGUUUAUAACCAUGACAGCCAUUUUCUUAACUGAUUGUGAAGCAAGAAGAUCAGUGCAACAACUCAAACGUCCAAGACAUCCCAGAAGUUCAGUCCUCAAAACUACAAAGAAAAUGACAGUCACAGAGCACUUAGACAUUGAUCCAAUGCUGGAUUCAUCAAACGUCCAACCCUACAGUGUGAGUUCACCAUUUUCUUUACCACCAUUUGAGUCCCUAGGUCCAAUGCCCUUGCCUGACAAUGUUCCUCCAUACUGCAUUUAUCCACCCAAUACCCCCCUACCCCCCUCAACAUCCAUUCCAACCCCCAUAGGAUACACACCCUCAUCACCACCACCAACACCCUUUUACACUCUCCCACCAAUUCUCCCAAUCCAAAGCCCACCUCAAAGCCCAACGAACACGACUCCAGGCCCACCAGAAUUUAAUCCCACCCCGAACCCACCGGAGAUCGUUCCAAGCCCACCAAGCAUCGUAUCAGGCCCACCACAAGUUGGAAAUAGUCCUCCUAUCUAUGUUCCAAGCCCACCUGGGCCCACAUUGAGCCCGCCAAGUUACACCCCAACCCCACCUUCGUCCGUUCCAUCACCUUUCGGCUUUGUUCCGAGCCCACCGGUGUUUGAACCGCCUGUGUUGUACCCCCCACCGACUGGGCCACCACCUCCACACACUGCCCCAAGCACAGCCCUAUGGUGUGUGGCUAAGCCCACGGUGCCUGACCCAAUAAUUCAAGAAGCAAUGGACUAUGCUUGUUGGUCAGGAGCUGAUUGUGCUUCAAUUGAGCCGCAGGGGUCAUGCUUUCAACCCAACACUCUGUUUGCACACGCUUCCUAUGCUUUCAAUAGUUACUGGCAGAGGACGAAGGUUGCUGGUGGCACCUGCGAGUUCGGAGGCACAGCCAUGCUGGUCACUGUUGAUCCAAGUUAUGAUGGGUGCCAUUUUAUCUACUUUUAGUAUGGAGAAGGAAGAUGCACCUCUUGGCUCUUGAAGACUGGAAGACAGAUCAUCUCUUCCUUUUUUCUUCCCCCUAUAUAUUCCAAAAUUUUCUCAAACCAAUAAGCAUGUUAUAAGUAAGCUGCAGCCAUACAGGCAAUGGAUCAUAAUUUUUGUAAUUACUCCUAAUUAAUAAGGUUUUGAUAGGUGAGUCACAUAACAAUCCUUGGUUUUUCAAAUCA